CAGUCUACGGACUGUUUGAUUUUCUAUAAGCGUAUUUAACAAAUUCAAGACGCGGUCCGACGAGCUGAACCCGGUGGAGCGCGGCUAUACGACGGCAUCUCCGUGGCCGGCGUUGUCGCUGCCCGGAGGUCCCGUAGAUUUAGAUCCUGUGACAGCAGCUUGGGGUCGUAAACUGUAUCCACCGCCUGGAGUUGGCACCGGACCCACACGUGUGGGAACCGGUGUCACACCAGGUAGUUUAAUGUUUGGCUUACAUCAUCAUCAAGAUGCUGCAACGGCUGCUGGAUUGCAUCAUCAUCAUCAACCACGCGGUCCAGUUACCAGUUUAAAGGAGGAACCACUCAGUGGAUCACAACUUGCUGCAGCACGGUCAUGGAUGCAACCCGCUGUUGUUGAUCAAAGCAGUAUUGGAGUUGGUCGUGCACAUUUUGAAAAACAACCACCAAGUAAUUUAAGAAAAUCAAAUUUCUUUCAUUUUGUUAUUGCAUUGUAUGAUCGAUCUGGUCAGCCAAUUGAAAUUGAACGGACUGCUUUUAUUGGAUUUAUCGAAAAGGAUCAAGAAACAGAGGGUCAAAAAACAAAUAAUGGAAUACAAUAUAGACUUCAAUUAUUAUACGCUAACGGUGUCAGACAAGAACAGGAUAUUUACGUGAGAUUAAUUGAUUCAGUCACGAAACAGGCUAUCAUGUAUGAAGGCCAAGAUAAAAAUCCAGAAAUGUGCAGAGUUUUAUUAACACAUGAAGUUAUGUGCAGUCGAUGCUGUGAUAAAAAAAGCUGUGGUAAUAGAAAUGAAACACCAUCAGAUCCAGUUAUUAUUGACAGGUAA